GAAACCCACUUCUCAAACUUCCUAGAAACAGUUCGUCGAGUUGUAUUUCUCUAUUGGUUGCCCAAACCGUCCCUCAAACGCGCUGCGUCCAAUCACCGAGCGGCCUUUCAAUCCUAUCAUUUUGGCGGCGGUCGGAAUAUGGCGGAAAAUUUGAAAGCUCAAGUUUGUAGGGUAGCCUGCAUCGCUACUGAAGACCAGCUGGAGGUGAUCUGUCGAGAGCAGGGGGUGAAGUGUGAAGAGCUGGGCAUCAACAAGCAGAACCUGUGCGAUUAUGAGGUGGAAUAUCUCUGUGACUACAAAAAGAAAGUUAUCACAGAUGGGAAAAGACAAACAAUACAGGAGUUAUACUUUGUGAAAUGGAAGGGGUACCCCGAAUCCAGCAACACAUGGGAACCACGGAGGAACCUGAAGUGCAUAGAUCUUCUCAACCAGUUCUGGGAGGACUUGAAUUCAGAGAUGCAGAGACAGAAGAAACGUGCUGCCCCUCGUCGCCUAGACCCUGCCACCGUGUCACAGCUCAUCCAACGGGCGAAACUCCGACAGACCCUUAAACGGUGGGAGAUACACCUCAACAGCCUGGGGACCCACAAGGGCCACAUCUACGUUCGGAACCAGGUCGACCUGGAAGGCCCGCCUAAGAACUUCACCUAUAUAAAUGACUAUAAAGUCGGUGAUGGGAUCAUGCUGAAUGAGGUAUCUGUGGGCUGUGAAUGUACAGACUGCCUGGACGACCCUGUGGAGGGAUGCUGUGCCGGAGCAUCUCAGCACAAGUUUGCUUACAAUGAGUUAGGCCAGGUCCGCAUUCGGCCCGGGUUGCCCAUUUACGAAUGCAACAAGCGGUGCCGUUGCGGGAUCGACUGCCCCAACAGAGUGGUGCAGAGGGGAAUUCAGUAUUCCCUCUGCAUUUUUAGGACAGACAAUGGAAGGGGAUGGGGGGUGAAGACCAUGGAGCGCAUUCGGAAGAACACUUUCGUUAUGGAGUAUGUCGGGGAGAUCAUUACAACAGAAGAAGCAGAUUGCAGAGGUCACAUAUAUGAUAAAGAAGGUGCCACCUAUCUUUUUGACCUGGAUUAUGUCGACGAUGAGUACACAGUGGAUGCUGCUCACUAUGGAAACAUCUCUCACUUUGUCAAUCACAGUUGUGACCCCAACCUCCAGGUAUAUAAUGUGUUUAUUGAUAACCUGGAUGAGCGGCUGCCGCGGAUAGCAUUCUUUGCCACGCGUGGGAUAAAGGCAGGAGAGGAGCUCACAUUUGACUACAAAAUGAAAAUUGAUCCAGUUGAUGCCGAGAGCACGAAGAUGGAUACUAAUUUCAGUCUGACGGGACUCCCAGGCUCCCCUAAGAAGCGCAUGCGCGUAGAGUGCAAAUGCGGGGUACCAACAUGUCGAAAGUACCUCUUUUAGAGGAAGUCCAAGCAAAAUAGGAACUGAAAGAAGAUCAUGUGUUCCAGUGAAUGUUGAAAGUAUCUGUGGUUUAGAAACUGCUUUGGGAGGUGUUUUGAAAUACUUCAUAUAAUUUUAAAUAUAUAUUUAAGAUUUUUUUUUUUCAAGAUCAACCUCAACUUUUUCCUUUUUAUUGUUUUUUUCCAUGCUUAAAUAGUGUAUAAAAUGUGGCAUUAAUUUUUUCAAUUUGGGCAUUAGCAAAAAUGUUUGUAAAGUAAAAAACGAAAAAAUGAUUUUCUGUAGUUUUAAACCCGUAUUUUAAUUAAUAUCAAAAGCUUUGACACCAUGGAAUCCUUAAAGAAAAUGUACAUUUUUUUAAACCUUGAAAUGUACAUAUGCUUUAUCUGUUAUCUGAAUAGGAUGGAAUAUCUUUUUACUUUUUCCAACAAACUUUUGUAGUUUUUCUCGCCCUAUUUUUAGCAAAUAUCUUUAGGCCAGUCCAAAAUAUGAAAAAUCUACGUCCUUCUGUUUGUUUUCUAGACUUGAACUAUCCACCAGGGGGCAAAAUUGUACUAUUAAUGCACAGAAGGGGAAGUUUGUUAGACCGAAGGAGGUGGACCUACAUGAAAUGUCGUUUUUACGCAUGCAAAAUGUUAUCAUUCUGUGUUUGUGUACAUACUGUAGUCUAACAUGACAAAAUAUAAUCAUACUGUCAAACUGGUCUUUCAGUGACUUUGUUUGAGCGCUGGUCUCAACAGAUCAAUAAAUGGGUGCAAGUG